GGAGGCGUGGCCUGCGGCGCGCGGGAAGCUGCGGGAGGUGGCGGCUCCGAGUGGACCGAGUCGCCGCAGCCUCCCUUUGCCUGGCAGAGACUCUGGAGGAUGAAAGUGAUCACGUGUGAAAUCGCCUGGCACAACAAGGAGCCAGUGUACAGCCUGGACUUCCAGCAUGGGACAGCCUGGAGGAUCCACAGGCUGGCAUCCGCGGGGGUGGACACCGCCGUCAGGAUCUGGAAGGUGGAGAAGGGGCCAGAUGGGAAAGCCAUCGUGGAAUUCCUCUCCAAUCUUGCUCGGCACACCAAAGCUGUCAAUGUUGUACGCUUUUCUCCAACUGGGGAGAUUUUAGCAUCUGGAGGAGAUGAUGCCGUUAUUCUGUUGUGGAAGAUGAAUGACAGCAAGGAGCCAGAGCAGACCGCCUUUCAAGAUGAAGACGAGGCUCAGCUGAAUAAGGAGAACUGGACUGUGGUGAAGACUCUGAGGGGCCACUUAGAAGAUGUGUAUGAUAUUUGCUGGGCAACAGAUGGGAAUUUGAUGGCUUCUGCCUCUGUGGAUAACACAGUAAUCAUAUGGGAUGCCAGUAAAGGACAGAAGAUUUCCAUUUUCAACGAGCAUAAAAGUUAUGUGCAAGGAGUAACCUGGGAUCCUUUGGGUCAAUAUAUUGCGACCCUGAGUUGUGACAGGGUGCUGCGGGUCUAUAGCACCCAGAAGAAGCGUGUGGCUUUCAACAUUUCAAAGAUGCUCUCUGGACAAGGGCCGGAAGGAGAGGCAAGAAGUUUCCGGAUGUUUCACGAUGACAGCAUGAAGUCGUUCUUCCGAAGACUCAGUUUUACUCCAGAUGGAUCUUUGCUCCUCACUCCAGCCGGAUGUAUGGAGUCUGGUGAGAAUGUGACAAACACCACUUACGUGUUCUCCAGAAAACACCUGAAAAGGCCGAUUGCCCACCUUCCGUGCCCUGGAAAAGCCACUCUUGCUGUCCGCUGCUGUCCUGUCUAUUUUGAAUUGAGGCCAGUGGCGGAAACAGAGAAAGCUUCAGAGGAGCCCAGCCCCGAGCUGGUGAGCCUGCCCUACCGUAUGGUGUUCGCAGUAGCCUCCGAGGACUCUAUAUUGCUGUAUGACACACAACAGUCUUUCCCAUUUGGCUAUGUGUCUAACAUCCAUUACCACACCCUGAGUGACAUUUCCUGGUCCAGCGAUGGGGCCUUCUUGGCUGUUUCCUCCACAGAUGGUUAUUGCUCAUUUGUGACCUUUGAGAAAGGAGAACUUGGCGUACCUUUGAAAGAGAAGCCAGUCUUGAGCAUAAGAACUCCUGACACAGCAAAGAAAACCAAGAACCAGACACACCAGGGAUCUUCGCCAGGAUCCAGAUCAGUCGAAGGAACUCCCAGCAACAGAAUCCAAGACCCCAGCAGCCCCUGUACCACCCCCUCACCAACCACACAGUCUCCAGCUCUGUCUGCUGUCAAGGACAGUCCCUCAGCUAUCCCAGCUGGCAAAAGCUCCUUGCCAAGGCCUUCUGAGGAGAAGACUCUACAGCCUUCUAGUCAAAACAUGAAAGCCCCCCAACCCCGCAGGAUCACGCUGAACACGCUGCAGACUUGGGGCAAGAUAGCCCCUCGGAGAAUAAAUUUAACACCGUUGAAGGCAGACACUGUGCCAAAUCCACUGCCCAAUAACGGGACCACCCCCUCCACAGAAGAGGUCCAGCCAGAGAUUCCUGGAGAGCCCCAAGAUGAGCCUCCUGAACUGAAAAGACCCAGGCUUGAGGAGCAUGAAGGAGAUACCCAAAUCCUCGUCCCUGAUGACACUUCCAAGUCUGCCUGAGGCCUGCUGUGGCUGGGUACCCGUGCGCAGAGGAGGCAGGGCCAGAGCCCAAAGGCUGGUGAUGGUGAUGGUAGCCAAAUAAACACUCAUGAAUUGGUUCACACAGAAAAA